GAGGCGGGCUAUGGCCGUGCCCCUGACCCGCGGGUGCUGUGUUUGGGCCGAGGACGGAGCCGCUGGGCUCGGGGGCUCUGGACGGCCAGGCCUCCCGCUACUUCGCGGCGCUGGACUCCAGCGUGGGCGACCUGCGGCAGCGAGCGCAGCGCCUCAUCGACAGGGUGAACGAGAGCCGCAAGGAGGACCACAGCGUGAUGAGCGGCUUCCGCGAGAGCCUGCUGCUCAAGGUGUCCGACCUGGCCGAGCAGCUGGAGGAGCAGCUCUUCCAGCUCUACAGCCUGCACAACGAGCAGAUCCAGGAGCGGCUGCACGAGCUGGCCGAGGUGAUGGAGCGCGUGCGGCAGGCCGAGGCCGAGCUGCAGCAGGUCUGCCGCACCGUGGAGGCCGCCUACAAGGACCUGUGCCUGCGGCCCGAGGCGUGAGGGGACCCCCGAGCCCGCGGGGAGCCCCCAGACCGCGCGGGGAGCCCCCAGACCCCCCCCGGCCGCAGCCCUCCGUGCCGGCGGGCGUUACGGCUCCUUGGCGAGCAGAGAAAGGAGGAUUUCAGCCUAAAAUCGCCUUUUCCCGGGCUGUCGGUGUUUGGUUUGUAACACAAUUAAAAAUAAAAGAACAAAAGACCCCAAAGGGGCUCCAGAAGGUUCCUCCGCAGGGCCUCGCGUCGGCAAAGCCGGCCUCGUGCCGACACCCGGCCCCGGCCCGGCACUU